AUGUCUCGAGGCCGCGCUGAAGAAUUUUAUGCUGCACACCGAGGCAAAUUCUUCUAUCGGCGUCUCGUCAACUACAUGAUGGCCGGCCCGAUCGGUGUAUACGUGCUGGUCGGUGAGUCGGCCGUCUUGAAGUGGCGAGAACUCAUUGGUCCAACUAAAACAUACAAAACUGUCAUUUUCCAACCAACCAGCCUUCGAGGAUGUCUGGGUCUAACUGACACGCGCAAUGGUUUCCAUGGUUCAGAUGGCGAUGAGUCGGCGGAGGAGGAAAUAAAGUUCUUCUUUCCUGACUUCGACUUUACUCUCAAAGGCAUGGCUUGA